UUUACUGGUAUGUCUCUGGUUCCUCUUGUGGUGUGUGGUUGUGAGGACUUUAGUCCAACAAGUAUAUUUUAUGGAGCAGUCAUGAUUUAUGACAAGAGGUGUACGAAGUGUAAUAAGUGGAGUGGUCUAUGCGGCUCUUGUGGUAUAUGUUGUGGUUGGGACUGGGGCUCUUUGGAAUGUAGUUGUGAUAUAUGCUAUGGUUGCAGCUCUUUGGAGUGUUAUGAUUGGGAGUGGGGCUGGCUAUAUUGCGGUAUUUAUAGUUCAUAUAGUUGUGGUAUUAUUUUUGUUCAUGUGGUUAUUUAAGAUAUUCCAAGUUUUGUUGAACUAGUUUUCAGAUUAUGGGGAAUGGUUUUCGGCCAUGAUAAUACGAUGUGGUCUUAUGACUGUCUAGUUGAGAGUAUUAUGUUCAUUAUUGUUAUGGUAUGGGGAGCGUGUGGAAUGGGUAAUCAGAUUGUGCUCACAGACAGCUUGUAUGUAUGGAUGGUUUUAUUAGAUGUACGUAACUGCAUGUUUUUUGUCUUAUAUACAUCAGGUCCUAUUCAUUUUGCAUUGAUUUUUGAUGUUUUUGUGGCUAUAAUCUUUAUGUUUCCAUAUGGGGAUCGAGGUGAUGUGUUCUGUGGAAAGACAACUAUACGAACGACAUGUGUUUUUCAAUAUCAUGGUAAGGACUGACAAGACAAUAGGUGGGGACUUGUUAUAAGAGAUGGUUUGUUAUGGUGGAUAAGGGGUUUUCCCAAGACAAAAAUUUUUCGGACGGGAUUUAAGGUGAUAAUUUGGUUGGGAGUCAAAUAUCACACGGAUUUAGUAAAGGAAGUUUAUAUAACUAAAAAGAAAGUUUUGAUAUGAAAAUUCUAAGUUGGAAUUGUCGGGGAAUGGGAAGUAAGUAUACAAUCAGUUACUUGAGAGAAAUAUGGCACAAACAUAGACCGGCGUUUCUCUUUUUGUCUGAAAUGAAACAAUGUUUUAACUUUGUUCAAAAUUUCCAAUUUCAUUUUGGAUACCAAUAUUUGCACACAGUAGAUCCUAUUGGGAGAAGUGGAGGAUUGGCUUUGUACCAUAGUCAUGAGUCUCCGGUUACAAUACUUUACUCGAGCAAUCGAAUUAUAGAUGUCGAAACAAGUUAUAAAGGGAAAAUUUUUUUUAUAUAUUUUGUAUAUGGGGAGCCGGUUCAGGAUCUUCGUCAUCAGGUCUGGGAACGUCUUACCCGAAUUGGUAUAAGUAGAGUGGAACCAUGGUUUGUUAUUGGCGAUCUUAAUGAGAUAACGGGUAACCAUGAGAAAGAUGGGGGAGCGCUUCGGCAUGCAUCAACUUUUUUACAAUUUAAUAAUAUGAUUGAAAAUUGUGGUCUCUUAGAAUUUCCUUCUAAGGGAAAUACUUUGUCAUGGAGCGGGAAGAGACAAGGACAAACGGUCCGGUGUAGAUUAGAUCGAGCUUUAGGGAAUGUCGAAUGGCAUAAUCUAUUCCCGUCAUCUUUUGUGGAAUAUCUAGGUAUGAUAGGUUCGGAUCAUAGGCCCAUCGUUACAAGUUUGGAUGAGAAAUUAAUCAAAACUAGGAAUCAAUUUCGGUUUGAUAAGCGUUGGAUUGGUAUGGAAGGGCUUAUGGAUUCCAUUGCACAUGGGUGGUCUAACGGAAACACACGGUUUAAUUCGGGUGUUGUUGAUAAAAUUGUUAACUGUCGGCAUGAAAUAUCUGUUUGGAGGAAAAACAAUCCUCCAUAUGGUAAGGAAAAAAUAAAUUCGCUGCAGAAGGCUUUAGAAGAAAUUCAGAGUGACAAUACUAAAACAUAUGAGGAGGUAUUAGAGGUGUCCAGGAAAUUAAAAGAGGCUUAUAGAGAUGAAGAACUUUAUUGGGAACAGAAGUGUAGAGCAACUUGGCAUGCCAAAGGGGAUCGUAACACCAAGUUUUAUCAUGCGCUGACUAAACAGAGGAGAAUACAUAAUAAAAUUGUGGGUUUACAUAACAGUGGGGGUGACUGGGUUACAUCAGAAGCAGAGAUUGAAGGAGUUGCGGUUGAUUAUUUUAAUGACCUCUUCUCCACAACAUCACCGACAGAUUAUGAUGAAUUUUUAAAUGCGGUACCUACUUUGAUAAUAGAGGAUCAAAAUAGGACUUUAACUUCUUGGGCAUCAGAAGAGGAAGUGAGAUCGGCUUUAUUUAUGAUGCAUCCGAAGAAGGCACCGGGGCCGGACGGAAUGACGGCAUUAUUCUUCCAGCAAGCUUGGUCGAUUAUUAAAACAUAUAUUACUGAUAUGGUUAACGAGUUUUUCAGAACGGGAUCUUUGGAUGAAAGAAUAAACAUGACCAAUAUUUGUCGUAUUCCAAAGACAUUGAGGCCAAGCAGAAUGACGGAGCUGCGUCCCAUCAGUUUAUGUAAUGUUGGAUAUAAAAUUAUUUCGAAGGUGUUAUGUCAACGGUUAAAGAAGUUUUUGCCUCACCUGAUUUCAGAAACACAAUCUGCUUUUGUUUCUGGGAGGCUGAUUUCGGAUAAUAUUUUAAUAGCGCAGGAGAUGUUCCAUGGUUUACGGACAAAUAACUCAUGUAAAGAGAAAUUUAUGGCUAUAAAAACGGAUAUGAGCAAGGCAUAUGAUAGAGUUGAAUGGCCUUUUGUUGAGGCUAUCUUAUUAAAACUGGGUUUUGCACACCAAUGGGUUGCUCGGAUAAUGUCCUGCAUUUCUUCGGUACAAUAUAAGAUUUUAAUUAAUGGUCACCCAAAGGGACAUAUUAUACCGCAUAGAGGCUUGCGGCAAGGUGACCCUUUGUCACCAUAUUUAUUUAUUCUGUGCACUGAAGCAUUAAUAGCAAAUAUUAAGAAGAAAGAAGAGGAAAAAUUAUUAACUGGGCAAAAAAUUGCACGUGGAAGUCCGGCAAUUUCUCAUCUAUUAUUUGCGGAUGAUAGCCUUUUUUUCUGCAAAGCUAAUAAACAAGAAUGCGAGGUCAUUCUACAGAUUUUGAAAGAUUAUGAAGGUGCCUCAGAACAACAGAUUAAUUUUUCGAAAUCGUCCAUACAAUUUGGACAUAAGGUACCUGAGUCAACACGAUUGGAGGUACAGCAGAUAUUAGGUAUAACUAUACUAGGUGGUAUGGGAACUUAUCUGGGGAUUCCAGAGAGUCUGGGGGGCUCUAAAACACAGAUUUUUGGUUUUCUUAAUGAAAGGGUUAAUAACAAGGUCAAUCAUUGGACUCUCAGAUUUAUUACGAAGGGUGGCAAAGAGGUUUUAAUUAAAUCAGUGGCAUCUCCCAUGCCAACUCAUGUGAUGUCUUGUUUUCGUCUACCAAAAACGGUGACUAAGAAACUUACGAGUACAGUUGCUUAUUUUUGGUGGGGUGGUAGCGGAAACUCAAAAGGUAUGCAUUGGUUUUCGUGGGAUAAGUUAUGUAAGGAUAAAGCUGAAGGGGGCAUCGGUUUUAGAGAUAUUCAGAAUUUUAACACGGCUUUAUUAGCAAAACAGCUAUGGCGUUUAAUCGAUAAACCGGAUUCGCUGUUUGCAAGAGUCUUCAAAGGACGCUAUUAUCGGAAAUCAGAUCCUUUGGAUCCCGUCAGAUCAUACUCUCCCUCUUAUGGAUGGAGAAGUAUUACAUCCGCUAGACCUCUGGUUAAUAAAGGGCUAAUCAAAAGAGUGGGAACAGGUUCAAGCAUUUUAGUCUGGAAUGAUCCUUGGAUCCCCGCUCCUCGCUCGAGGUCAGCAACCCCAAAAUUUUCGAAUCAAUUUUUGAAUCCAUUACUUAAGGUGGAGGAUCUUAUUAAUCCAGUAACUCUGUCUUGGAAUCUGGAUUUACUCAACGCAUAUGUUCAUCAGGACGAUGUGAGUACCAUAUUGAGUCUAGCAAUUAGUCGAAACCCUAAGGCGGAUACUUAUGGCUGGCAUUUUACGGAUCACGGUAGAUAUACAGUUAAAUCUGGAUAUCGUACUGAGAAAUUAUAUCCUGAUAUGGGACAAACUAAUUUGGACAUGGGGCCAAAUACUAAACCUUUACUGGCACAUUCUUGGAAAUUGCAGUGUUCACCAAAAUUGAAACAUUUUGUCUGGCAAAUAAUUUCUGGUUGCUUACCGGUAUAUAAGAAUCUCCACUUACGUGGAAUUAAAUGUGAUAUGCAAUGUCAGAUGUGUGGGGCUGAGGAAGAAUCCAUUAAUCAUGUGUUAUUUGAAUGUCCUUUCGCACUUCAAAUUUGGGCACUAUCUAAUGUACCGUCUUCUCCAGGAAUUUUCCCGACCUCAUCCAUUUUUACAAACAUGGACUAUCUGUUUUGGCGAUUACCAAAAGAACCAGAUUUGAGAUAUUUUCCCUGGAUUCUAUGGUUUAUUUGGAAAAAUAGGAAUGGAAAUUUUUUCAAAAAUCAAACAUGGGAUCCUUUCGAUCUACUCCAGACCGCACAAAUUGAAAGUGUUAUGUGGGCAGAAUCACAAACUAAAGAUCCUCCAAAUACAUGAUCAUUACAAAAUGUGGAUCAUCUUAUCAUAGGUGAUAAAAGUAGAUGUUAUAUCGAUGGAUCUUGGAGGGCACAAGAUUUGUGCACACGACAAGGAUGGUUUUAUGAAGCAGGUGGAUCUACUGAUACUAUGAUGGGUGCCAUGUCUAUUCGCAAAAAUCUAUCACCUUUACAUGCAGAAUGUGAAGCUUUGAUAUGGGCGAUGGAGUGCAUGAAGACCCUACGAAUCUCAGAAGUGGUGUUUGCAACUGACUGCUCUCAACUGGUGAAGAUGGUGUCUACACCAACAGAAUGGCCAGCGUUCACUACACACAUGGAGGAGUUUCUACGAUGUAAGGAAUUUUUUCAUCCCUUCACUAUUCAGCAUAUUCCGAGGGCACAAAAUACAUUGGCGGACAAGCUGACACGAGGUGCUAGAAAUCAGCCUGCUGCUAUGGUUUAUGUUGAUUCGAUUCCUCCAAGGUGGCUCUUGGAUCAGGAACCUACUUAGUUUCGUUAUAGCCUUUUGUUGUAAAAAAAAAAAAAAAAUUAAAUUAAAUUUUUAAUAUUUAUAUUGGUAAUCGAUGUAUUAAAUUAUAUUCUUUUGUUUUAUAGUUGUAUUUGUGGAAUGUAGAUUUACUAUUAAAAUCAUUGUAGUAAUAAUCAAAUUAUGAAAUGUGGAUUUGAAAUUAAACACAUUUUGUAUUUGUAGACUGAAAAAAUCCACUGCAUUGAAAAGAUUAUAAACAAUCACAACCCAUAAAACAUCAACAAAUAACAAUACAUAAAAACAUUAUAUAUUCACUAUAAUUUAGAUUUCUUAGAUAGAUUGUAUUUAUAUUAUGUUUUGUAUUUUUAAAUUUUUAAAUUUUAAUGUUUUCAUGUUUUUAUCCUAUUUUUCAUGCUUCCAUAUGUUUUUGAUAUUUUUAUUUUUAUUUAAUUUUCAUUUUUUAUUUUAUAUAACAUUUACUAUUUUGGUUUUAAAUAUAUUAUUUUGACAAUAUUUGUGAUUUUACGGAUCAGAAAAUAAUUUGUUGUUCGUCAUGUACAAAUACAAAUUAAUUUAUUUUAGGUUAGGAAUAUGAUUAUUUAAUUUUCAAAAUAUAUAAAAAUAUUUAACAGAAGUAUACAAUUUACAUUUUAUGACAUUUAUUUUCAAUGUUGCUUUACCUUUAAUCUUAAUUUUAAAAUUGUAAUAAUCUAUAUUGAGAUCAAUAUUUCCAAUAAGAAUCAGAAAAAGUGCUAUAAUAUUUAGUCAUUAAAAUUAUAAACUAAAUAUAAGAUAUAAGUAAUUAUGAUAUUUUUGGUAGAACUUAUUAAUAUAUAUUGCUAAUAUCUGUUUAUUAAUUG